AGAUCCUAGGUUUUAUAAUUUUAUGUAAGUAAAAAUAUAUAUACCUUCCUGACUAUUCAUACUCUUUAUUCUUUCGCGGUAUAAUGCUUCUUGAUCAGUUAAUAAUUAAAUAAAUUGUCAACAAAGGUCAUUAAUUUUAUGUAAUCAUUGUCUCUUAACUGUUUAAAAACAUUGUUAUAACGAGUUGUGGUGAAACGAAUACACAAGGUUUUAACAAAAUUUUAUUAACAAUAUUAUUAACAUUAUGAAGUUAGCCAUUCGCGUCGUAGUUAUCUUGGUGUUAUGUUUUAUUUUCGUAACGUUUCUUUUGUGGUUCAAUGAAGUUUUAUAUAAUGUAAAAACUCAUCAAGAAUGCCGCAGAAAAGACCUUAAAGAUUACAUUCUCGUUAUAGCGUUCAGCUUACCUUAUUAUAAAAACAAUAUUUUGUUUCAAGAAAUUUAUCAAAAUGCUUUUGGAAAGGUUGUAAUUUGCGGACCAGAACCAGACGCUAGGUCGGGACGCAAUAAACCAGAUAUCGAGUUUGACGACGCAAAGGACUAUGGUUACUAUUGCAUGGGGUUAGCUGUGAGAAAAUAUCAGCAAUUCAAAGGGUACUUUUAUAUAAAUGAUGAAAUAUUAUUCAACUGGUGGAACAUACAGCAUUUGGAUUUUUCGCAGCCAUGUCAACCUGGACAUCCCGAGUGGAGUCAGAAGGCGUACGAUUCCUUAGAUCCAAAUACAUUUUCUUUCAAACGAUGGAAAAAGAGCUUGGAAUCAUGCAGAAAUUUUCACCAAGCUGUAGUUAGAUUCUCGAAAUUUACCAACAAAGAUUUUGACGGCAAAAAAGCUUCGAAGACGUAUUUGCAAAACGGUCAUGGGCAAGCGAUGUGUGGAUAUGGAUGGUCGAACUUCUUUUAUAUUCCACACACCCAAGCUGCAUCCUUUUCUAUGUUAACUGAAAUCGGAUAUACAAACAGGCUAAAAUCGGAUAUUGGAUUACACAACAUAUUAAGAAGUUUAUCUCCAAUUGAAAAUCUGCAAACUGUGAACAUUACAACAUUAAAAAGGAACAGUGAAAAACGAAGGAUAGAAGGAAAAAAGCGAGCACAAGACUUUUGGAUGCUGUAUAAUUUAAAAAUACAUGUUGCCCACCCCUUCAGUAUUAACAGCAAAUCACACGAAGAGACGCAAUAUCACGUGACUAAACUGAAAAGUAUCUACCUAGAUCACGCUCUGAAAAUGACAAAUUGUAAAAGUGUAGAAUAAAUUUUAUUUCUAGAAGCUAUUCUCCUAGGAUAAGUUACUUAAAAUUAGGGCAUUUAUUUAUUUAUUUUUUCUAGUUCAUACGUUAAUGUGAAUGAGCUGUGCUUCAGCUUUCCAACGAGGGGUCAUUCAAACU